GGGGUCUCUCAAACCUGGAACUACCGUUCGAAUUUCCGGUUGACGAAUAGAUUUCCGUUUUCUCGUCCAUUACGCCCGUAGAUUUUGCCGAGUCCUUAAACUUUUCGAAAUCCCUAUUUUCACUUCAAGAUGGGUAGGGAGGACAAGGCAAGCUGGAAGUCCAACUACUUCACAAAACUUAUCCAACUUUUGGAUGACUAUCCAAAAUGCUUUAUCGUGGGCGCGGACAAUGUCGGCUCGAAGCAGAUGCAGCAAAUUCGCAUGUCCCUCCGUGGGAGUGCUGUUGUUCUCAUGGGAAAGAAUACCAUGAUGAGAAAAGCCAUUCGAGGACACAUCGAGAGGAAUGCUGCCCUUGAAAAACUUCUGCCUCACAUUCGAGGCAAUGUGGGCUUCGUCUUCACUCGUGGAGACCUCGUCGAGGUCAGGGAUAAACUCCUGGAGAACAAAGUCAGAGCACCAGCUAGAGCUGGAGCUAUUGCUCCAUUGAGUGUCAUCAUUCCAGCUCAGAACACUGGACUGGGACCGGAGAAGACUUCCUUCUUCCAGGCCCUCAGUAUUCCCACGAAAAUUUCCAAGGGUACUAUUGAAAUUAUCAACGAUGUCCACAUUCUGAAACCUGGAGACAAAGUCGGAGCUUCAGAGGCAACUCUCCUCAACAUGUUGAACAUCUCUCCAUUCUCGUAUGGUCUCCUCGUCGAGCAGGUAUACGAUUCUGGGACUAUUUUCGCUCCUGAGAUUCUCGAUAUCAAGCCAGAGGACCUCCGUGAAAAAUUCCUGGCUGGUGUUGCCAAUUUGGCUGCAGUUUGUUUGGCCAUUGGCUAUCCCACUGUCGCCAGUGCUCCACACAGCAUUGCCAAUGGAUUCAAAAAUCUUCUGGCUGUCGCCGCUGUUACUGACGUCGAAUUCGCUGAGGCUGCCACCAUCAAGGAGUACAUCAAGGACCCCAGCAAAUUCGCAGCAGCUGCUGCUGCUAGUGCUCCAGCAGCCGCUGCAGCCGCAGCCCCAGCUGCCGACAAGAAGGAAGAGAAAAAGGAGGAAUCCGAAUCCGAGGACGACGACAUGGGUUUCGGUCUCUUCGAUUAAACGAAACCAAUUCACUGACUUUGUUCUAUUGACCGCAGAUAUUCUCCAUGGGAAUGCUGCUGAUGUUUUGUACCGACGUCCGAAUAAAGUACAGAAAACCAUAAAAA